CGGAGCGCGGGGACCGUGAGCGCCGCGGUGCGGGAGCACCUGCGGAAGCUGUGUCUGCGGGAGUUCCCGUGCGGCGCCGGCAGCUGGAACAAGUCGCGAUUCCUCCCCCGGACUUGUCGGGUGUGGCGGGAGCUGGUCCCCAGAGAGGAGGAGGCAGGGGGCCCCUCGGAGGAGACGGUGGAGGACCUGCUGGGCCUGGUCUGCAGCCCCCAGUCGCCCUGGGCCCUGCUGGAGGGCUCCAGCGCCGAGGACCGCUUCCUGAGGCAGCUGGCCAUCAGCAACCCCCAGAUGCUCAAAGAGGACUUCCUGAACUCCUACUUCAGGUCCCUCCACGUGGUGGACAAGAAGGUGAGCCUGGUGGAUAAAGACCUCCUGAAGUUCCCAAAGCUCGAAGAGCUGGUCCUGAGCGCCAAUGAGAUCAAGGAGAUCGACGCCUUCAAUCUGCCACCAACUCUCAAGGUCCUGGAGCUCUACGGCAACUACAUCAGCAGCAUGAAGUGCCUAUGCGACCGUCCCCCACCGGGCCUGCAGCACCUGGGCCUGGGCGACAACAAGCUGCUGGGCCCCCUGCAGAGCGUGUACAUCACCGCCCAGCACUGGCCCAACCUGGUGUCUCUGGACCUGGGCUUCAACGACCUGACGGACCUGCAGGCCAUGGUGGCCAGCCUGAGCACGCUGCAGCGCCUGCGGCUGCUGGUGCUGCAGGGCAACCCGCUGGCCCUGGUGCCCUACUACCGCGGCUUCACCAUCGACAGCCUGGCGCGGCUCUGCGUGCUGGACGACAUCACCGUGUCCUCCAGCGAGAAGCACCAGUUCCAGGGGCUCCGCCCCAAAGGCGACUUCCUGGCGCGCGAGGCGCAGUUCGUGGUGACGAUCGGGAACAUCCGGGGGGUUCUGGACUCCUCGGUCCUGGACCCGGACCCGGGGCCGCAGGGGCCCUUCAUCUCCUACAGCUACUACGUCACCUACGACUUCGUGGAGGACGAGGAAGGCGAAGGGAGCGAGUACGAAGGGGUGCUGGCUGAGAUCGUCAAGCCCGCGCCCAGCGAGGAGGAGGUCCCCGAGGAGGCGCCCCCCACGCCCACGGCCGAGGAGGCGGAGGAGGAGGCCGAGUCGGUGCCCUCGUCCCUGUCGCAGUCGCUGGAGCUGGAGUCGGGGGUGUCGGCCGGGACACCCUCGCUGCCCCGCUCCCUGGGCUCCGACGCCGAGGAGCUGGCGCAGCUGCGGCCCAGGAUGGACUUCCGGCUCUGCCCGUCCCCGGGGACAGUCCUCUUCAGCACCGUCCGCAAGCCCUGGGCUAACGUCAUCCCCUGCAGCUACGAGAUGCAGCACUCGCUCCGGGACCUGGUGCCGCUCAAGGCCUUCCUGCUGGCGGGGACCACAGUCACCAUCGUGGAGGAGAAGAUCCUCUCCUGGCCCGUGGUGCCCCCUCCCGUCGACUUUCCCACGGCUGGCAAGGGAAAAGGGGAGAAGAAGAAAGAGAAAGCGGAGAGAGACAAGAAGGGGAAAGACAAGGCCGCCCAAGGGGAGAAGGAGAAGAAGGACCAGAAGGGGCCCAGGAAGAAGAGAGGGCUUUCCAAGGAGCUUCGCCAGGACCCUCCCAUCCUGCGGGUGCUGGGCAGCGGCUUGGUGGUCCUGGAGCCCCUGCUAGCCGGGGAGUCCCUCGUGUCCACCCUGUGCAAGUUCGGGGUGAUCCGCACCCUGGAAUCCGACAGGCUGACGUUUCUCAGGGAUUCAAAGAAUAAGAAAGCUAAGAAAGGUGCGGAGCCGAGGAAGGCCAAGAACAAGAUGCCAGUCUUGUCAGGCCCUGCCAUGUUCCGCAGGCUGGGCUGGCUGGUCCUGUACAGCCUGGCUGUGCUGCUGCUCAGCUGCCUGCUCUUCCUGAAGAAGGAGGCCAAGCCGGCAGGGGUCCCCGCAGCCCGCCAGCCCUUCUGGGCUCCCCCGGGGCCCCGCCGGAGCCACUGCCCACCCAACCGCACUGUGGCCAACGCCUCCCUGUCCCUGCCUGGCCGGCACCGUCUCUUCCUGACCUAUCGCCACUGCCGCAACUUCUCCAUUCUGCUGGAGCCGUCCGGCUGUGCCGAGGACGUCUUUCUGCUGCUGGCCAUCAAGUCGCAGCCUGGCCACGUGGAGCGGCGCGCGGCCAUCCGCAGCACGUGGGGCCGGGGGGGCGCCUGGGCGCAGGGCCGGCGGCUGAAGCUGGUGUUCCUCCUCGGGGUGGCAGGGCCCGCACCGCCCGCCCAGCUGCUGGCCUACGAGAGCCGGGAGUUUGACGACAUCCUCCAGUGGGACUUCACGGAGGACUUCUUCAACCUGACGCUCAAGGAGCUGCACCUGCAGCGCUGGGUGGCGGCCGCCUGUCCCCAGGCCCACUUCCUGCUAAAGGGCGACGACGACGUCUUUGUCCACGUGCCCAACGUCCUGGAGUUCCUGGACGGCUGGGACCCAGCCCAGGACCUCUUGGUGGGAGAUGUCAUCCGCCAGGCUCUGCCCAACAGGAACACCAAGGUCAAGUACUUCAUCCCGCCCUCCAUGUACAGGGCCCGCCACUACCCGCCCUACGCGGGGGGCGGGGGGUACGUCAUGUCCAGGGCCACCGUGCGGCGCCUCCGCGCAGCCGUGGAGGCGGCCGAGCUCUUCCCCAUCGAUGACGUCUUUGUGGGCAUGUGCCUGCGGCGGCUGGGGCUGAGCCCCCUGCACCACGCUGGCUUCAAGACCUUUGGAAUCCGGCAGCCCCUGAACCCCCUGGACCCCUGCCUGUUCAGAGGGCUCCUCCUGGUGCACCGGCUCAGCCCCCUGGAGAUGUGGACCAUGUGGGCACUGGUCACAGACGAGAGGCUCAUGUGCGCUGCCGGCCCCUUGUCCCGGCUCUGAGGGGCGGGCUGAACGGACUGGGUGUACGUUUUCCUUUCAUAGAAAUUGAGAAACUUGAAACUUGACCCAGGAUGGUCUACAGGAAACGCUUUGUUUUUUAACCCCCUCCCACACUUUUCUAACUUUGAUUAAAAACUCUGAAACCUG